UCUACGUUGUAACUGACUGACUGACAUGACUUAUUCUAGCUUCUUGACAGGCUAAUUUAUCCAUUCUUCUUGAGUCACGUUUUCACCUUAUUAAUUAUUCACUUAUCAACCCUGACUGUUUUCAUAUUAGCGUAUUUGAGUGUACAUCUUAUCCUACUGAUCACAUGUCUGUAGUUUAUUUUUGUGUGACUAUAAAUAUUGAUUAAUGCUUGAUUAAAUGGAGUUGACUCACACGCCAUCUCCACUACACGUCAUCUCGCUUUGCUCUCUUCUGUUCGCUUCAUUCCUCCGAUUGUAUGUUCAAAUCAAUGGGUGUAAAAAAUAUGUAUUCUAAAAUCCAUUCUCUCAUUUGACUUAUUUUAAUUCCGUUAUUCACUAAUGCGAAUUAAUUCGAUAAUUAUAUACGAGGAUAACCAGGAUCUAUAUUUCGAUAACAAUCAUACGUACGAUCUAACGAGUCAGAUCUCGAAAAGACAUUCGUGAAUGUGGGUUUUGUGUUUUUCGAUGAUAUGCAUAAAUGUGGAAAUUGAAACAGUAACCAUACUCUCUCAGAUAUUAAAAUUUUCAUCACCUUGCGUUACAAUUAGGUGCAUUUUUUCAAGAUUACUUGGAUGACUAGACGUGAUUGUCAAAACAGGUGCUUUUUCUAAACAUGUUAUAAAUACCAUUAAGUAUGUCGAAAUUACAUAGUAUAAUCUGCCACACCGUUCAGUAAAAUGUUGAUCCAAAGUAAUUUUUUCUAAUAAGUAGUCUGGAAAUGCAUUUCUCGUUAUACAAAAUGACCAUAUUUUCUCUCCCAUAGAUUAUCCUAUAUUACAACAAUCAGUGUAAUUAAGUGAAUUAAGGUAGUGUAAAAUUUAUGUUUUGCUUUCCUAGAGCAUAAUUUGUUUUUUUCUAAUUUUUUAUUUCGAAUUCAGACAAUUUGUUUAUUUUUUGAGUCGUUCCCGUUGUCUGGUCAUUAAAUCUGUAGUCGGGAAAUAUGAGAUUGUUAAAUGAAUUAGUUUCUGUAUCUGAAUGAUUUGUGAGUUGUAUAAGAUUUUGCGUUUUAUCAGAAAUAAACAAAAACUUUUAAUUGUUUAUUAGAUAGUUGUACUUCGUACAUGUUAACAUUAAUCAGUAAAGGAAAUACAUAUAACUAAAAUUCGAACAAGUGUUGUUGAGCUCCUUAGCCGAAGAUAUUUGCAAUCAUGAACUGCAGUGAUAGAUUACAAAUUUGUUCAUUCGGCUGUUGGUCUCAGUUUAGUUAAGGAAGCACGUAAUGCUCAGAAUUGAGCUGUUCAAUUUUGCUAGUGGUAGUUGUCUCUUGCUGUAAAGUGCCGGCAAGCGUUAAAUCCAACCUGAAUGUCUUAUUUUGAUGUUACUAAAGCACUUCCAGGUCACCAGUCGUCUACACGUUUUGAGUUAUCAUCAAAUGAUAUUAUCUUUGAAAACACGUGGAGAUAUAGGUCGUUUCCAGGUAUAAAAAUACCGGUUGUUCGUUCCCCUUAUCCAACUUUUGGAUCACCAUGGCCAUUACCAUGGAGUUGGUCAUCAUCUUCAUGUUAUUAUAAUGUGGAUAUGAAACGAUUUCAUUUUGAAUUCCAUACAAUUUCAAAUGAGAUUCUACAAUCAGCUGUAAAUCGAUAUACGUAUAUGAUACAAAAUAAGCUUGGUUUUUCUGUGUACCCAAAAGUUUGGCAACAUAAUGAAAAGAAUUUAUUCAGUCAUUUCUCUGAUAAUUAUCAGUCGACAUGUGAGAAUUCUCCUGUAAAAAGAAAUCACGAUUUUCGCGGCAGUAGUUGGGAAAUAAGUCCAUCAUCAUUCCGAGCAAAUCGUCAUUAUUCAAGUACUACUACUAAUCACUCCCAUGAUGCUAAUUUAAAAACUUCAAAUGAUAUAUCUCAUAAUUUUAUAUCUGAACAAAUGUCUCGUUUAAUUCGCAAGUACAAAUUAUCUGAACACAGUACACGACGUAGAGGAAUUAAAAAAUCUGCUUUGUUGCAUGUGAUAAAUCCUGAUUCAAAAUUGCCGCAUGUUAAUAUGGAUGAAUCUUAUAUCCUAUGUGUUUCAGGAAAUGGUAUUUUUAUUAUUGCUAAUGAAACAUGGGGGGCUUUAAGAGGCUUAGAAACACUUAGUCAAUUAAUGUGGACUAUAAAGGAUCAGUCUCAUGUUUUUGUUAAUCAAACGUACAUUGUCGAUUACCCCCGUUUCAAACAUCGUGGAUUAAUGAUUGACACUUCUAGGCAUUUUAUAAGCAAAUCUGUUAUUUUAUUGAACUUGGAAGCUAUGAGUUAUAAUAAAUUAAAUGUUUUACAUUGGCAUAUUGUGGAUGACCAGUCAUUUCCAUAUCAAAGUGAUGUAUAUCCUGAACUUUCAGCUAAAGGUGCUUAUCGAGAAGACUUAGUUUAUACAUCGAAAGAUAUCAAAGAAAUUGUGGAGUUUGCCCGAUUUCGAGGCAUUCGUGUUAUUCCUGAAUUCGAUAUACCAGGUCAUACUCGAAGUUUGUCACUUUCUCAUCCCGAAAUUAUGUCACAAUGUCAAUAUGAUUCUAAAAAUCUUGCAUAUUACGGACCACUCAAUCCAGCUUCAAAUAAAACAUAUGAACUUUUAGAAAAUUUAUUUAACGAAGUUUUUCAAUUAUUUUUAGAUGAUUAUGUUCAUCUGGGUGGUGAUGAAGUAGAAACAAUAUGUUGGGAUCGUGAUCCUGGAAUUGUACAGGGCGUUGAAAAUUAUGAUCAAUCCAGCUCAAUAUUUUGGAUUAACUACUUUUGGAGAUGUGUACAAAAUAUAGUUACUCAAAUAGGCAAGAAGAAUCCUCAAUCAAAACGAAAUUUAAUUCUAUGGGAAGAUGUCGUAGAACAUGUAACCGAUCUUAAUAAAUCGCUGUUCGUUCAAGUCUGGAAAAGUUAUUCAUCAUUUCAUUUAUCGAAAGGUUUCAAUAUUAUCUAUUCAAUUUGCUGGUAUUUGGAUUUACUUAAUGAUAUUAAGCGUUGGACAGAUUUUUAUCUGUGUGAUCCAUCCGAUCAUGCUCCACUGGAAACUGAACGACAAAUUCUAGGUGGUGAAGCUUGCAUGUGGAGUGAAUACCAAUCGGAUUAUACAGUUCUAACAAAAAUUUGGCCGGUUACAAGUGCUGUUGCAGAACGUCUUUGGAGUGCCAAAGAAGUAAAUGACUUAGAAUUUGCCGGUCCGCGCAUUGAAGAACAACGAUGUCGUUUAAUCAAUCGUGGUAUACCAGCUGGUGUUCUUCUUGGUCCAGGGUAUUGUGAUGGUACUAAACAGAUGACAGCGUGGAAUAUCAAUGAAAUUGUACUAGAUGAACAUAAAAAUAUCAUGAAACGAAUGGGAUCAAACAAUAAUAAUAAUAAUUACAUUUCUGAACAUAAAAAUGAUGAUUAUUAUAGACCUAUUAAUUUAUGGAGUAAUAAAGAUUUGUUAAUUGGUAUUUUCAUCGGCAUUUUACUUACAUUAUUAUUGCGCCAUCGUAAUUUUUUACCAUUUCGAAAGGUCAAAUGUAAUUUAUCAAUUAUACGUACAGUAGUAUGUUUAUGUAUUUUCAUUUUUGUAAUACUAAUGAUUUUCUUUAAUCAUAUAUAUCCUGUAUUUGUAUAGAAUUUAAGUGGAAAUUAUAAUUUGGUCUCUACUACUACUAACAUACAUGAUUACAUAAUUUUGGUGAAACUUCUAUUAUAUUUUUCAUUUUAAUUUCUUAUUGACAUUUAAUAUUGAAAAUUUAGUUAUUUAUCUCUGCACUCAUUAUUCUUUGAUUUUAUUUAGUGUAUAUGUAUAUAUGCCGUGUUAUUGCAUUUUAACUUGAUGAUUCUAGUGUUCUCUUUCGUACUCUUUGUCUUUCUGUACGGAAUGCCUAUUCACUUUUGCUAAGCGUUAAGUAUUUUUAAGACGCUUCCCAAGACGUAUAUCUACCUAUCUAUCCAAAUAAUAAUGUGUUUGUCUGUAAUCAUGUUACAUACUUUCAGUUUUUUUAUUUGUGUAUUUAUGUAUUUAUUUUAUUCUUUCUUCCUUGUGUUAUACAACAUUACCUCACUUCACCCGAUUCCACUACUGUUUUAUUGUAAGGAGGAACUAUCGUAUUGUCUCUAAUAAUCAUUAAAAAAAACAUGAAUCUAUAUGUCAUUGUCUUUCCUAUUACAUAUUACACGUAAAUCUCUGUAGCUAAGGAAGAAGCAGAAAAACUAACUCACACUUCAGUCAGUAAUAUAUUAUUUUUUCUUAUUUUAUUCCUAUUAAAGGAGUUAUUAUUAAAUUAUCGCCUUGUUUUUAUUAAUGCUUUCCUUUGUUUUCUUUGCGUGCUUUUUUAUUUCAUUUGUGGUUGUGUUUCUUCAUAAACGAAAGGCAAGACUUUUCCUUAUGUACUGCACUGACACAUAAUGCUCUGUUAUAUUCACAAAUGGUACAUACUUAUUUAUUCAUUCGUUUGUUGACUUUCCUCAACUUCUAUGGAUUCAGUGUUCUUUAUGUUUUAGACUAUUUAUGCUUUAUUUCCUAAUUUUCUUAAAUAUGAUUGGUACUAAAUGUUCACUGGAUGUUACUUCAUUUAAUGGAAACUUUCAGUCUGGUUUUGAAACCGAAUAAACUAUUUUUACAUAUAUGUGAAGUAAAUGUAUGUACAUUUUUCGAAUUGAGUGAUUUUAACAUAGUAGCCAAAUGGAAUAUAGUUUUUAUGACC